AUGCGCCUGGUGGUCGCGGCCAGCCUCUUCAGCUUUCUGGCUCAUGCAGCUCUCGGGGUCACCUGCCCCAGCGACGCAUUGGCCGAGUCCUCGUUUGUGGGAACAAACUUCUGCGCUGACGGUGCGCCGGCGGCCGUCGGCCCAGGCAUGCUUUCGAGCUCCAGCUACGAUGUGGCUGCCUUCUACUUCGGGGCCCAGUACUGCGGCAUCUGCAAGCAGAAGUUGGCCAUGAUGUACGACGCCUGGGAGCGCUUGCCCGCGGAGUCGAAGGCGCGCACCCUUGUCGCCGGCUUCGGGAAGCAAGAGUACUCAGCGCACAAUCCGCUGUUUUGCAAGGGGACGCUCUCCUCGGCUGAAGCGGAUGCACUCUGGUCAGCUUGGGGAAUCCAGCAAAGAGAUAUGGUUAUCUUGGUUCGGACGGAUUCCGAGACGUGGAGGUCCUACUGCAAGUUCAGCAUGAACUUGUAUGACGAGGACUUCGAAAGGGUUCUCCACCACGUGCUGGCGCAAGGUGCCAACGCGUUUGCCAUCGGCCUGGGCACCGGAGGAGCUAUCAGCUCCAGCCGUGGGAUGAUGGGCCCAGUAGCGGUCGGGUGCCUGGUGGCUGCCGUCGCUACAAGCACGGUCUUCUCUUGA